UACAUAUACCUUCCUCACUCGGCCCCGGAUCCAAAUUCCUCGCGUUCCCCCACUCGCCCCGCCCUCCCCUCGCCAGAUCUCGACGGUUCCUCCGUUUACCUUCGCCGCGCCGCUGCCGCCGCCGAUCCGAUGCCUUCUCCGCCGGCCGCGGCGCGGAACAUUCUGGUGACGGGCGGCGCCGGGUACAUCGGCAGCCACACGGUGCUGCAGCUCCUCAAGGGGGGCUACCGCGCCGUCGUGGUGGACAACCUCGACAACUCCUCGGAGGUCGCCCUCGAGCGGGUCAGGGAGCUCGCCGGGGAGUUCGGCAAGAACCUUGACUUCCAUCGGAUUGAUCUUCGAGACAGAGAAGCAUUGGAAAAAGUUUUUUCUUCCACGAAGUUUGAUGCUGUUAUACACUUUGCUGGAAUAAAGGCUGUUGGUGAAAGUGUUAGAAAACCUUUGCUUUAUUACAACAACAACCUUAUUGGUACGAUAAUUCUCUUCGAAGUAAUGGCUGCUUAUGGAUGCAAAAAGCUGGUAUUCUCAUCAUCAGCCACAGUUUAUGGAUCACCCAAGGAAGUGCCUUGUACAGAAGAAUAUCCCUUGUGCGCAAUAAACCCAUAUGGACGUACUAAGCUUAUGACUGAAGAUAUGUGUCGUGAUAUCUGUCAAGGUGACAAUGAGUGGGAUAUUAUUUUAUUAAGAUACUUCAAUCCUGUUGGAGCUCAUCCCAGUGGCUACAUUGGUGAAGAUCCCCGUGGAAUUCCCAAUAACCUCAUGCCCUUUGUACAGCAAGUUGCUGUUGGAAGGAGAGCUGCCCUUACAGUAUUUGGAAAUGACUAUUCAACCAAGGAUGGCACAGCGGUAAGGGAUUAUAUUCAUGUUGUUGACUUGGCAGAUGGACAUAUUGCAGCCCUGCAGAAGCUCUUUGAGGGCUCUCACAUAGAUACAGGAUGUGAUGUCUAUAAUCUCGCAACUGGAAGGGGAACAUCUGUCUUGGAAAUAGUGGCAGCGUUUGAAAAGGCUUCUGGGAAGAAAAUCCCUCUGGUCAUGGCUGGAAGGCGUCCUGGGGAUGCCGAAAUUGUAUAUGCAUCCACUGCCAAAGCGGAGAAGGAGCUACACUGGAAGGCAAAGUAUGGCAUCGAAGAGAUGUGCCGAGAUCAGUGGAACUGGACCAGCAAGAACCCUUGGGGAUAUAAAUUGCCCGAGGCCGCUGCUAACGGAAAUGGAAAGUGCCCUACAUCCAAAUAACAUCAGUUCUUCAGCAGGGAUGGAGAAGGAUUCCUAAUUGAUAAUUUGAUAUAUAGAUGUGGCAUAUGUCCAGCUGAUAUGAUUCCUUAAUUAGAUUAUUUGUGAAUAAACAUGCUUCUGUCGUCAUCAGAGAGGCAUUCAGUGGAAGGUUGCUCUGCUUUCUUUUUCCCCCUCCUUAGGUUCCAUUCUUUUUUGCCCUUGCUGGCACACAUCAGCUAUCGACUAUAGCAGCACAAGAUCUGGUAUUUAAACACAACACGUAGUAUAUGUCUGUUGAUUCUUUUAUCCAUGGUUGAGCAGAAGUAGCUUCCUUGCCUUGGCAGGCAUUCGAUGUGGCCUUGGAUGAGCCGUACGUGUUGCUAUUAUGUAGAUUGUUUCAGUGUGUGUGUGAUCAUCUGAUGUAUAUGGCAUUGUCAAACUUGGUCAUACGAUGUACAUGAUAUAUUCUUUGCGUAAAUUUGACCAACUUUGUCUGAUAUUCUAUCUA